UAUUCAAGAAAAAAAGUUUCCAUAUGAAUUCAAUUCUUUUUAAAUUAAUGGUUAGAUUUAGGGUAUUGCGUCUUCUCAACCUUAAAACAAAGAGGCAAAAAGGACAAUACUCUGUUCCCUUCGGCUGCACAUUUUUUCAGUAUUCUUUGUGUAACGUGUUGCACACACCGCAGUUCUAAUUUUGAUAUAUACACAGUCACAACAUCGUUAAAAUGGCAACAAGUUUUUCUAAUGCUGAUACUGAAGAUAAUUAUUUAGAGUCAACAACUGAAUCUCCUCAAAUUUCAUCCUUCGAUAAUUCAAAACGUGGGAGACAAGAAGAUGAAAGUUGGAAUUCGCAGAUCGAAGAGGAGCGGGAAAUAUCAAAGAAAAUAAAAAAAAAUAAUUUUCUUUGGAAUUGGACCGACCAAUGUACCAUCUUGGAGAAUCUUUAUGAAUUUGCAGGAAAAAAUGGGAGUUAUUCAAAGGAAUUAUUCUACCAUUUUGUGAAGGGGAAGUUGAGUGUAGAGGUAUCCUAUUCUCAAUUGACAGACAAAGUAUAUAGAUUGAAGAAACGAUUCAUAUUGAUGAAGGCCAAUAAACAUAGUAAUAAUAAUAUAAUGAAAAAAUUUUCAGAUAGUAAUUAUGAGAAGUUGUUUGAGUUGUCAAGCAAUAUUUGGGGAGAGGAAGAAAAUCCUAAAUUAAGUGAAGAAGACUCAUCGGGUCGAGGGUUAAAUAAUGCUGAGAAUGAGUUUCAAAUUGCUCUUGAAAAGUUGAAGAUUGACAUCACCUUCAUUCCACCUGAUGAUUUGCAAAAUAUUAGCAAAGAAUGGGAAGAUAUGAUGAGUGCUAGGAAUGAUUAUGAGUUGAAGUAUGCCAAGUUACUUGAAGAAAUCUCUAAUAUUAGAUGCACUCAAGACUCGAAAUAUAUAUAAGUGUUGAAUUAUUGUUCAUCAACCAACACAGUAGUACUUCUUUUUAAUUUAA